UUCCGGAAUGGAUAUUUGCUCCACCAGGGAGACGGAGGUGGUUAGCAAAAAGCGUUAUGCAUCAGCAUGUUCUCUAGCAUAGCAAAUGGAGUCUCCAUUUCCCCAUAAUCAACGGCUUCAGACUUCGCAGGCUAGGGCAACCACCUGCCGGGUGUCUCAACGAUGCUCUGGAACAUCAAUGUUUCUACGGAUCCAGACUAUGCUCAUCCAUGGCAGGAGACACACGGUCGCUCUUUCCAGGCGAAACCAACUGGGAGCGGACGGUGGCGAAGGCGUUGAGCGACAUCUUCGCCAGUGCAUAGGCCCUAAAUCCCUUCAGGAAGGCGAUCACAAAUCUAUUUUCCUUAGGAGUAGGCCUCCACUUUUCGUCGUUAAAGAUGAGCGAGUUGGGAUAGCUUACCGAGGAAGGCUUCAGGAGUCCCGCAAGUUGUUACGUUGUCCGCACCAAUACGGCAUGCUAUUCAUAAACACUCCUUCGGGGCUAAAUAUGAGAAGAGAGGCGGAAGUGCAGCAGGGAGGCGGAAGGAAGUGUGAUUACCUAAUCCCGAUCUAAUUGUGGCGCUGGCCGAUCUCCGCAUCCGUUCCCAUGACACAACACCACGAUCCUUCAUCCCAUUCGAGCCUCACGCCACAAGCACCCUCAGCAGCCGCUGACGCGGAGCGCAGCACGCAAAGAAACAAACAAAAUGAUGUUACUCGGUGAUGUUUUCGGACGCACGGCUGGGAUCACGAUCCGGAAGGACGUUGGAUCUAAAAAGAAAAGUCAUGGUGAUGUAACUGAGCAGGGACGCACCAUUGUCGCUGAUAGCCAUCUGAUUUCACGUUGACAUGCUAUGUAGACACAUUGGAGGACGGAAGAAAAGCAAUCCAG